AGCCAACUUAACAGCAAUAGUUUCUUUUCGUUCGGUGUGCGUACUUUUGAUGACUGAAGGCGGUCGGAAAUUUUAGAAAAAGUGCAAAUUUUGUGUCCAAUAUGGCUAAAAAGAAAAGUGAAGAGUACGGAGCCGAUGGCAAUGAUGGGGACUAUGAAGAGGAACCAAAUUUCGAAGAUCCCGAAGGCUAUGUCGACGAUAUUCCCGACGAUGAGCUAUUGGCCAAUAUGUUGGCGCAGCGUCCUCUGGAGACGGAUGGUGUUGAAAGUGUUGUUGUUGUAGACAACAUUCCGAAGGUAGAGCCAUCCCGAUUGGAGAAAUUGAAGUCGGUUAUUCAUAAAUUGUUCUCGCAAUGCGGCGAAAUAGUGAAUGUAGUGUUCCCUGUGGAUGAUGAAGGCAAGACUAAGGGUUACGCUUUCAUGGAAUACAAGAACGCCAGCAUGGCUGAAGAGGCGGUCAAGACCUUAAAUAACCAUCGCCUUGAUAAAAACCACACCUUCUCCGUUAAUUUAUUCACCGAUUUCCAGAAGUACGAAAAUAUUCCGGAAAAAUGGGAUCCUCCUACUCCUCAACCCUUCAAGGUACAGAAUGAUUUGUACACCUUCAUUACUGAUCCCGAUGCCUACGAUCAAUACAGCGUAGCCGCUGAAACUGCGCCCAACUCUGUUCAGGUUUCGUUUUGGCAGAAUACACUUCCAGAGCCCAAUGAAUUAGAGUCUCGGGAGCGUUUUACUGAUACGUUUGUCAAAUGGUCGCCACUGGGUACCUAUGUGGUCACCUUUCAUAAACCCGGUGUAGCAAUUUGGGGAGGCAGCAGCUUUCAAAAAAUUCAGAAGUUCCCACAUCCAAGCACACAAUUCGUAGAGUUUUCACCUUGUGAGAAUUAUCUUGUCACCUAUGGGCCAACGCCUACCGGUCAAAAGGUCAUAAUUUGGGAUAUUCGUACGGGUGUUGAGAAACGCUCAUUCGUCGCAGAUGGCAUGUCUGUUUUGUCAAUGUUCCGCUGGUCGCACGACGAUAAGUUUGUUGCACGUUUGGGCGACAACUCAAUACAUAUUUACGAAACACCCUCAUUUUACCUGCUCGAUUUGAAAUCAAUCAAGAUUCCUGGUAUUCGCGGAUUUUCAUGGUCACCUACGGACAAUGUGAUUGCCUAUUGGGUUGAAGAACAGAAUCAAAUUCCCGCUCGUGUCACUCUGAUGGAGAUUCCCAAAAAACGUGAAAUACGUAACAAAAACCUCUUCCAUGUGGCUGACUGUAAGCUACACUGGCAAAAAUCUGGUGACUACCUCUGCGUAAAAGUUGAUCGCUACUCGAAAUUGAAGAAAGACAAGAAGGAAUUAGAUGUAAAAUUCCUGGGCAUGUUUUACAAUUUCGAAAUCUUCCAUAUGCGCGAAAAAGAGAUCCCUGUGGAUUCGGUGGAGAUACGCGAAUUAAUUCUUGCAUUUGCUUGGGAACCAAUAGGUAACAAAUUCUCCAUUAUCCAUGGAGAACAGAGUAACGCAAAUGUUAGCUUCUAUGAGGUCAACAAAGGUGUAAAACCUACACUUGUUAAGAAGUUGGAAAAGAAGUCAUGUACGCAUUUGUUCUGGUCACCACGGGGUCAAUUCAUUGUAAUGGCUAAUCUCUCGAUGGGUACCUUUGAAUUUGUGGACACCAAUAACGAUUUCAUUAUCUCUGCAUCGCCCGAUCAUUUCCGCGCCUCUGAAGUCGAAUGGGACCCAACCGGUAGAUACGUUGUGACUGGAGUAUCAGCGUGGAAAGUAAAGGAAGAUACUGGAUUCAAUAUGUAUACCUUCCAGGGACGUAUAAUACGACGCACCAUAUUGAAGAAUUUCGUACAAUUUUUAUGGCGCCCUCGUCCACCCACAUUGUUAACGGAAGCACAACAAAAGGAUAUCAAAAAGAGCUUGAAGAAAUACUACCCAAUAUUUGAACAAAAGGAUCGCUUGCGUCUUACACGUGCUUCGAAGGAACUACUUGAGAAGCGUGCACAAUUGCGCGAGCAGUUUAUGGAGUACCGCAACAAGCGUAUUGCGGAAUGGAAGGAGCAGAAGAGCCGCCGUAUGCAGCUCAGAAAUCACGUUGACACUGACAGUUUGGAUACCGAGGAAGUUGAUGAAGAAGUCGUUGAAUUUUUAGUCAAGGAAGAAGUAACUGUGCUCGAGUAGUCGACCAACAGGUUUGCGAUUUUCCAAAAAAGCAUACGCCUUUGAAAUUGAUUUACAAAGGCGUAGUUUUUCAUAAAAAAAAGAACAACAAUAAAUACUACAUAAAUAUAAAGGUCAUCAAGGCACUGAUUGAACAAACACAAUAAGAAGAAAAACAAGCGAAGAAAACGUGUACCAGCUUGUUUUUAUUAUUUAUAUUUAUACAAGAGUUCUUUCAGACGCAUUUGGCAUACUAACUUCUAACGCUGCACGCGUUGCCGACGCACAAGAUACCACAAGUGCGUCCGAUUUUUUAUUUUUUUUAUUAACAUUGCAUUCAAUAUUGGACUUAUCUUUAACUGAAAUUGUAAUUGUAAUUUUUUCGAAUCAAAAUUAACAGUAAGCUGCCAAAUAACAGCUAUCCGACGAUUUCCACGUUCUUCCCUCCCUUAACACUGUUUUGUAUAGUAAUUUUUACAGUAUAAAGCCUUAAAAUUUAUCUAAAUACCUAUACAUUUUGUUAAUUUA